AUGCAUUUGCUGGCUUUUGCUGCACUGUUGCUGCUGCUCUGCGUUCUGAGGCUAGGAGAGACAGCAAAUGCGAAAACACUAGACAUAAAUUGCAUGUUCCUUGGAUAUCCAGAAUUAGAAUACGACGGGUUUGAUCGAACUGAGGUACUGACAGAAAAAAAUUUUAAUAAGACUGUUUUUGCGAAUGACGCCAAAACAGUUGUAUUUUUUAACGAUGUGGAAGAAGACGAUCCAGAAUGGGAUCAGUAUGAGUGCUUUUUACAGGUUUGA